UAAAAACUAUUACAGCAAGAGGGUUGGUCGGAUGCUGUGGGGUGUCCACCACAAUAUGCCCUCUCACCCCCUUGUACAGCACCUCCUCACCCCUCCACAGUAAUUGUACAAACUAAUAUAUAAUGAGCUGAGUAUAGGGCGGCGUAUUCAUUCUUGAAUCUGUCACGAGUGCGUCCAGACGCAGGUCGGAAAAUGAAAGUCGUCGCGGGUCAGGAUCUACCUCAAGGAGCGACCUCUUACGACAUAUCUAUCAACCCCGUCUCAUCUGCAUUAACAACAAAAGUUAUUACCCUUAAGCAAACAGCUCAAGGAAGGAUAACAUGCGGUGAUGAUGAAACCCUGGUCCACCACAUAAAAUUUUCGGACGACAUCCACGGUUGCAACUGUGUCCUUGAGCGAGGAUCUAUCGCAGGUACAGUCAGAUUGCACACGACCAGAACCAUCCGGAAAGGAGACGAGAUGUACAUGUGGUUUACCCAGGACCUCCUUGCCGCAAUGGACAUACCAUUCCUUAACCCGAUAAACAUAUUAGGCGAGAAGAACUACACGUGUCAUCGGUGCGGGAGGACAUUCGAAUUCCCCAACCCCCUCAAGAUCCACCUGGGCCUGGACUGCGGCGUUCUGAAAAGGAGGGAUCUAUGGAAAAGACUACGGGCUUCACUGUCGAUAAAUGCCCCGAGAGAAGGGCCAGAGUUUAUUUUCAGGCUGUCACUCAAAAAAAGAAAACCUGCUUUGAGCGAUAUCAAAAAUUAUAAAUCGCCUUCGCCCGUCUUCAGCUCUUAUUCGAACCCGUCUCCGGACCGAUGCGAACCUCAGACCGAAGAGACACGCCCCUCGUCGGAACCGCCCAGGAGCUCGGCAUUCAGACCUUAUCUUAACCCUCCACCGACUGAAGAAUUCAAAGAAAUAUCCCUUUUUGAAAAAGAACCCAUGAUGAACGUGGAAAGAGUCCAAAUUCCCGAGCUUGUCACCAAAGAGCACUACCUAAACCAACAAGCCGCCGAAAUCGAAACGCUCGUGAGCAACCUCGGCCAGUCGAAACAAGGCCAUCUGUGCCUUUACUGCGGCAAGAUCUAUUCAAGAAAAUACGGGCUAAAAAUCCACAUCAGGACGCACACGGGGUUUAAACCGCUCAAAUGUAAAUUUUGCCUGAGGCCGUUCGGGGACCCCAGUAACCUAAAUAAGCACGUCAGGUUGCAUGCAGAUACUGAUACUCCGUAUAGAUGCAGGCUCUGCGGAAAAAUGCUUGUCAGGAGGAGGGAUCUGGAAAGGCACAUGAAAUCGAGACAUGACGUCGAAGAAGAUUUCUAAAAAAAAAAUGAAUUAUUGUCUAAACCACCAAAAACUCAACAAACA